AUGGAGAAGUGAAUCCAAAUACUGCAAAUUUUGUUCCAGUCGCAUUCAGUUUCCCAACCAGAGCCUUCCUUCGGAUCGCCCAACAAACAUGGCUUCUUCUUGUGUAUCUAACACUUUCCAGAAAUCAUGGCUCGAUAUGGAUAUUUACCCACUGAAUCUAGCCCAUAAACCUGCAAAUGCAUACCCUGCAGCCCUCAGAGCUUUGCAGAAGCGGUUCGACGAUGCAAGUACUGACAUGUUUGUUGCUGACGAAGUCGACGUUGAGGUUCCGUGGCGCGAUCUGAAACCAACAUCUGGUGAAGAUGCGAAAAGUUGGAACAUCCAUAGUGAAGCCAAAUUAAUGCAAAUCUUGGGCCUUGACGUCACUAACGGCCCAAACGGUGAACGGCUUGUUGGUGUCAGACACAAAGAUUCAAAGUGCAGAUUUAUAUACAUAUACGGGCAUACAUCGCGGAGCGCCCUUAACAUUACCAAGAGCAUGCUCGUCAAAAUCCUAACCUUCCACCAAGUAAUGCCCGUUUACCUGGAUUUCAUGUUAGUAUUUGGUCUCCAGGAAGAACCCGACGAUCUACGCUUCGCGAGUUUCCGAGAACAGAAGUCAUUCGCUGCGAACUCUCUGGCACCGGAGAUACCGUCUCUCGGGAGGAGUGGACACCAGUACCAAUUAUGCUACAACUUGAAGAGCAUAAGUCAGUUAGAUGGUGGAGACUUCUCUGCAAUACGACAAGCCGCGAUAUACCACCAAUUUGAUGUGAAAAGCGGCAACGCGGUGUGGAUUGUGACUAAAGGCCGACUUGAUCUUCAGCAGCGAUUCAAGGAAUUGACAGGCAAAGACGGGAGACAGGAGGACAAGUCUUUCGAAACGCCUAUUGAAUGCUUUCGAUCAAGUCUUGCGGCUCAUCUAAUGUUUUGUUUCUGGUCAACAGAAAACUGGAGAUUUUAUAUAAAGCAGCUUGAACAAGAUCUGGAACAUGGCACUGGAUUGGCUCUUCUUGGGCCGAGAGGCCCAGGCAGUAAACACAAGUGGUAUGAGCCAACAGACGUUCAAGCCCUGCAAAUACUGGAAGACAAAACCAACGAAAUCAUCAUGGUACUUCAGGCGAAUAUCGACAUCAUAUCCGCACUGUCAAGAUUCUAUCAAAGGCUUGUAACUAAUGCGCAGUUUCCUCUGAGCCAUUCCUGCGAGGAAGACUUAUCGGGUUUCGUCGCACAAUUGGACGACAUGAUCUCAGAUUUGAAGAUCCAAAUCAAUCGUGCGAGUACUCUUGUAAAGAUUACCAAUGACCGGAAAGAGCUUAUCAUUCAACACAUUCAGAGUCAGUCAACUGAGAGAAUGGAAGAGCUCAACGCAAACAUGGAGAAAGAAGCCAUAAUGGUCCGUAUCAUCACCAUAGUGACGUUGGUCUACCUCCCCGCCACUUUUGUUUCUUACCAGGGCCAAGGUAGUGAAGCUGGGAACUUCUCAAAUAUGGCGAUGAGUAGAUGGCUAGAGGUGGCAUUACCACUGACAUUCCUCACACUCCUAAUUGCUUGGGCUGGGAGAAGUUGGGCAGAGCACCAGAGAGGAAUUCGAAAGCGAGGGAGGAGUCUAGCAAAUGCUUUAUGGCCAUUCCCUAGGAGAACCGAAGAGAGCUGUCUACCUUUAUACAUAGAGAAGGCACCGAACCGUACCAUGUUGUGCGGAAGGACAUUGCUUUGGGGCAAGAGGAUGACUUAACCAGUUGAGAAGACACUGAAUCAUUCUAUCAAGUCUGGAAUGGCUUUUUCUUAGUGGCUAUCAAACAAGAUUGAAAGCUGAGAUAAUAGGUAUACAGUAGAUUUCAAAGUGCUCAUUGAGCGUCCGGAGUUUUGGAUUUGCUUUAUUUGACUAAAAUGGGAAGUAUUAAGCAGGUCAAAUAGAG